CGCUUAAACCUCAAAACGAAACCUAACUAUGGCCGUCUCGUUGUUCCCCAGUUUCUUCUCUCCCUAAUCAAUUCACUCUCACUUUUUCUUCACUUCACUUCUUCAUAAUCUCCAUGUCUUCUAAGAUGGAUAAGAUCAAAGUGAAGUAUCAACUCAAAAACGAAGAUUGGAAACCUUCACCAGUUACAGCUUUAGCUACAAGCAUAGACGGCACACGUGUUGCUGCUUCACGUGAAGAUGGUUCUUUAGAGCUUUGGCUUGUUUCUGCUAAUACAAUUGGUUGGCACUGUCAAUUGACAAUUCAUGGAGACCCUAAUAGAAUUGUUUCUUCGUUAAUUUGGUCUCCUGGUGGUGAAUUUCCUCAUGGUCGUUUGUUUUCUUCUAAUAUUGAUGGUUCUGUUUCUUUCUGGGAUCUCCAACAAUUGAAACAAACGAUGGUGCUUGAAUCAACUGGUGUCUCAAUCUGGAAAAUGGCUGUGACACUGGCUAAAAGUGACGACGUUGAAACUAAUGGUCAUCACAUAGGGAAUGGUUAUUUGAAGAAAUUUCAUGGUUCGGAUGAAAACGAGAACAGUGAAAGUGAUGAAGAUUCCGAUUCACCCGAUGUUCUCAAGCAAUCCAGUUCAGUGAAGCCAAGAGUCGCAGUUGCUUUUGAUGAUGGAUGUGUUAAAAUUUACACUAUAUCUGAUGCAAAUGAAUUUAUAUAUUUUAAGUCUCUGAACCGGGUCAAAGGACGAGUUUUAAGUGUGACUUGGAGCACGGAUGCUAAAUUCAUAUGUUCAGGAAGUAGUGAUGGGAUAAUUCGAAUCUGGGAUGCCAAAUCAGGUAUUGAAGCCCAUAAUAUGUCAGCAGGACUGGGCAGGGACAGUGGACAUGAACUUUGUAUAUGGUCACUACUGUAUUUAAGGUCUGGGAUACUUGUUAGUGGAGACAGCAGUGGUAGCGUCCAGUUUUGGGAUUGCCGUGAAGGAGCUCCCUCUCAACAACCUAUUACUAAACACAAGGGAGAUGUACAUGCUCUGGCAGUAGCCCCUGAUCACAAUAUGUUGUUCUCUGCCGGUGCUGAUGGACAGGUUAUUCUUUAUAAGCUGUCUGAGUCAACGAUAGAGAAAGAGAAAUGGAUAUAUGUUGAUUAUGAAGUAGCUAAUAAACUUGACGCUCGGGCCUUGACUGUUGCUGUGCCGAUAAGUCAAGAAGAUGCUUUGCCAGGUGAAAGGAUCAAAAGAGCUCGUCGUGAAGAAAAGCCAGAUGAUUCUAGUUACCACAAAUGGGCUCAUUCGGGGCAUCCCAUGCUUAUCUCAGCAGGAGAUGACACAAAACUUUAUGCAUACCCCGUAAAAGAAUUCACCAAUUUUAAAGCUCACUGUAUCUGUCCUGUGCCUCAAAGAACACCCAUUCAAGUAGCUCUUAAUACUUCAUUCAAUCAGUCACCAAUGCUUUUACUGCAGUCUUCACAUUGGAUAGAAGUCCGUUUGCUGCAUCUCAGAAAUGUUCGCAGAACUGGAGACUACGCAAAAUCUGAAACUGUUGGCCGAUUCAAGAUUAAGGCAUCUCGUAGGAUAAUUUGUAGCACCCUUGCUAAUUCAGGGGAGUUUUUUGCGUUUUCUGAUAAUGAAAAGCCUACUCUUUAUAAAGUGGAGAGAUCUGAAGCCGGAAAAAUUACAUGGAGAUUUAGUAAAAGGAAGCUUCCUGAGAGAUUACCAUUUGCCCAUUCAAUGAUUUUUUCUCAUGAUUCCUCUUUGUUGAUAGUAGCUGGCUAUGAUAGAAGAAUAUAUGUUGUGGAUGUCAAUAGCUCAGAACUAGUACAUACUUUUACACCCUUUCGUGAACUGCAAGAUGAUGGAUUAUCACCAGCCGAACCACCCAUCACAAAAUUGUUUACUAGUUCUGAUAAGCAGUGGUUGGCCGCCGUGAAUUGCUUUGGAGAUAUCUAUGUAUUUAACAUGGAUUUACUAAGGCAGCACUGGUUCAUUUCAAGAUUGGAUGGUGCCUCUGUUACAGCUUGUGGAUUUUCACCCCAGAUCAACAAUGUACUGAUAGUUACAACCUCUUCAAAUCGAGUGUAUGAAUUCGACGUAGAUGCCAAGAAAUGGGGGGAUUGGUCGGUGCGGAAUACAUUUGUUCUUCCUAGGAGAUUUCACGAGUUUCCUGGUGAAGUCAUCGGACUUUCAUUCCCUCCCUCUUCAACUUCAUCUUCUGUGAUGGUUUAUAGCUCCAGGGCUAUGUGCUUGAUUGACUUUCGCUUGCCCGUGAAGCCAGAUGAAGGUGAAAUGUUUCAUACUCGCGAAUCAGAUGAAAGUGAAAUGUUUCUUACUCGAGAAUCAGUUGUCAAGAAUUCGCCAAAUUUUAACGUUAAGAAACGGACAAAAUUUAGGAAGAACAUUGAAGUUUUGCCAAAGAGCUUUGAAAACUUUGAAGUUUUGCCGUUUGAAAAAGAUCAUGUCUUAUAUCUAUCUCAUAUUUCAAAUAAUCACUUCUUUAUGAUAGAAAAACCCUGGACCGAUGUGGUCAGUAGUUUAGAUGUUCAACCAGUCCACAGACAUAUUUAUGGGGCAUAGGUUACCUAAUAGAAUUAUUCUCAGCUUUAGGGGAUGCAUCAUGGUGAUAAAUGUCCCAUUUUGUUGUUUCACUUUCUUUCUCUCCUUUGCUGGGAUUAAGAAUCAUGUAUUGUGUUGUCAUAAUCAAUUUUGUUCUUUUUAUAUUAGUUUUACAUUUUUUUUGGGUAGUCAUUUAUAUUUUUCUUCUAA